AUGUCAACAGUUCGUUUGAUUGAAACAAGUGAAGAUUACAAAGAACAAUUUGCAUCCAGCAAUGCUCAUGUAGUGUUAUAUGGAGCAGAAUGGGCUGAACAAUGUAAUCAAAUCUUAACAGUAAUGGAGCAGCUAGCCAAACAAGACGCUUAUAAAGACAUAAAGUUUCUAAAUGUUGCGAUUGAGGAAAUUCCCGAAGUUGCUCAACAACAUGAAAUAGAAGCAGUACCGACAGUAAUCUUAUUUCAAAACAAUAAAGCUGUUCAUCGAAUUGAUGGCAUUGAUAUAGCAGAUUUGACUGCAUCUGUCAAGACAUUGGUUGGAACAUCAACAAAAGCUUCGUCUGGAUCACUCGAAGAGCGUCUGAAAUCAUUAAUAAACAAGGGAAAAGUUGUGCUUUUCAUGAAAGGUGACAGAAACGCGCCUCGUUGUGGAUUCUCCAAGCAAAUUAUUCAAAUUCUUAAUGAGACUAAUCUUCCGUAUGAAACUUUUGAUAUUCUUUCUGACGAAGAAGUGCGUCAAGGUCUGAAAACUUACAGCGAUUGGCCAACUUAUCCACAACUCUAUGUUAAUGGUGAACUACAAGGUGGACUUGACAUUGUCAAAGAAUUAGUUGCAAGUGGAGAACUCCUUAAUAUCCUCAAAACUUAA